ACUUCAUGAUCGCCCUCAUUUUCCGCAUGCCCACUCUCCCCUUCGAAUCUGACGGUCCUCGUGCCAUCAACGUCGCUCCAUCGAGUGACCUCACCCGUCUCCCUAUCGUGCCCCAAAUCAGCGGCUGUGAUCUCGACAUCACAACGAAUCCCUCCUCGCCGCGCCACGCCCGGCCAUCCUCUAGGGUUUGGGCCAGCGUCUCCCCCCGCCAAACGCCGGCCAUCGACUCCGUCCGCGAGGAUGUCGUCGGACGCGAACUCUCUGCAGGAUCACCAGAUGUAUCGCGUCGAUGGCCCAGCCACCGCCGACGGCGGAGGCGGCCACGACGCGGAGACGAUCGACGUGACAAGCGAGCCUCCGCCGCCGGACCAAGACGGCCACGUCGCGGAAGCUGUAGAUGCGGCGGCGCCUCUCAUGAACAUGACAUCGAACCAGCUUACGCUUCUGUAUCAGGGAGAGGUCUACGUCUUCGACUCGGUCACGCCCGAAAAGGUACAAGCUGUAUUGCUAUUAUUAGGAGGGUGUGAGGUACCUUCCAGUAUAUCCAGCACAACAUUACCUGAUGCCCAAGAUGAAAAGGGUUAUGAUGAUAUACUACGACGUGCAAACAUUCCUGCAAAAAGGAUUGCUUCACUGAUAAGGUUCCGUGAAAAGCGUAAAGAAAGAAAUUUUGAUAAAAAAAUCCGAUAUAAUGUCCGCAAAGAGGUUGCUCUCAGGAUGCAGCGUCGGAAAGGACAGUUUGCUGGAAAGGCUAGUCUCCAGGAAGGAGCAACAGCCUCCUCAAGCUGUGAUCCUGUUCAGGAUGCAACUCUAGAAGAUCCUCCUAGGGAGUCCAAACACUAUGCUUCUUUAUGUCAUUUUUCUAGAUGUCAAAACUGCGGCAUUAGUGAAAAGAUGACACCAGCAAUGCGCCGUGGACCGGCUGGACCAAGGUCACUUUGCAAUGCCUGUGGACUCAUGUGGGCAAACAAGGGAACUUUAAGAAGCCCAUUUAAGGCCAAAUCUGUGGCCCCUAGCCUUGCUAAUUCAAGUGAUCAUGGUGAAGUCAUUGUCUCAGAACUGGGAAGUGAUAACAAAUCUAUUGAACAUGCACCAAAUAAUCAUGAGGCAGUUGCAACUUCUCAAAUUGCCAAAGAGGGUAUGCAAACUGAUGUGCAGCUUACAGAGAUCGAAAGACAAGCUUAAGACUACAUUGUGAAGAAUGUAGAGAGGUGUUGUUUCAAUGUUAAAUUUGAUGGAAUUCUCCGGCUUAGUUUAUAAAAUUAUUUUAUGCCAUGAUCGAUGAUAUAGGAGACAGCGGCACCCACAGAGAUCGGUGCAUGUGCAUGUGCAGUGCACGGUAUAUCACCAGAAAGUCUAACCUCCAGACCUGACACUAAAAGAUGAUGUGCUUGGUUUUCUUUGUUUCCAAUUCGAUGGUGUUAAUAUUAGCUGGAAGAUAUAUUUUUCUAACCUAGAAAUAGUUUGUGGAACAGACAUAAUCAGUUAUAUACUUUGUUUUCUUCAUAUAUGAAGUUGUGUUUUUGGGGAGA